GCACAUAAAGCCUAAAUUUGGCACGAUGUGUUCAGUUUUUAUCUGGUAGGUCCAGAUCUCGAUUAGUUGCAGUGAAAACGGAAAACGACAGGCUACCAAAAACUUCAUUUUAUAUUUGAAUUACAGGCUUCAAUAAAUUAAUUAUUAUUUUUAAUAUUUCGCUUUUUUUUAAAAGUAUGGACUUCGAAAUAAUGCACAUUGUUGAAAAAAGAAAAUUAAAAACUGCGAAUAAAAUUUUGGUAUUUCUAUCAAACGAGUUCAACAGAAAAAAAAGUGCACAAACUAGAUCUACUUGUGACACCAAUCCUAAUACAAAUCUAAAUCUUUUGAAUGAUGUUCACGCUUCGGAUUUUGAAUGCGAAAUAGAUAAAAUAUGGGCUGAUAGAAUAUCAAAAAAUGCACACUUAUUUAAUGCAACAAAAUUUAGAGUUCACAGCAUCAGCAGUUCAGAAAAUGAAAUGGUUUCAUUAUUUCUGGGCAUCACAGAUUACAAAGAAUUUAUUGGAACCAAUUGGUCUCCAAAUGCAAAGGACUUGCAACAAAGAGGAAUUGAGGCUUUUAGUAAUUCCCAAGCCUUCUUAUCUGAUGCUCUAGGUGUAGGUGCCAGUGUUUUGACAGAGGACAACAAACUUAUUUUACUGAAAAGGAGUGAAUUUUGUGCUGAAGCCCCAUCUUUAUGGGAUGUACCAGGGGGUCAUGCAGAGCCUAUGAAUAUUGUUGGAAGUAAGCCACUGCAAGAUAUUGAUGUUACUACAAUGAGCAGUGCUGAAGUGCUACAUGAAAUCUUUGAUUCCAUUCAGCGAGAAGUGGUAGAUGAGGUUAAUAUACCACUAGAAAAAUUAGGAGAGCCUUUUUAUAUGGGAACACAUCGUAAUAAACUAAGUGCUGGUAGGCCAAGUUUGGCGUUUGCAAUUAGAUGUUUCCUCACAAGUGAAGAAGUGCAGCAAAAAUAUACUGAAGGGAACCAAUCAGAGGCAGAUGAGACCACAAGUAUCAUGUUCAUCUCACUUGAUGAUAUUAGUCGAUUGGUUAUUGAAAAAAAUGAUCUGUGGAAUAUGCUUGCCCCUUCUGCUAAAGGCAAUUUGUCUAUAUUCUGUUUAUCUAAUGCAAGUAAAUUUAUUCAUGGAUACUACUGAUAUUUUUUUAGCCUAUGAUUACUAUGAAAGUCAGUACCAUUUGGGUUUUAUAAAAUAAGGUUUAAAUAAGGUUUUAUGCAACUAGUUGAAGAAGUUAUGUAUAAAUACAUUUAUAACUAUAAUUUUAAAACUUUUAAACUAGUCAAUGUGGGAAAAACAAACUUAUUUUAAAACAUGCAGUGAUUUAAUCUGACUGAAUUCAUCAGUAUUGCGAUCAUCUCAUACCACUCCUAUGGUAUAUGGGUGGACAACUACAUCUCUUCAGAGAAGUUCUUGUCAUAAGAUAAUGUGAGGACAGCCUCUUCUACUUGUUUCCAGGUUCCAUGUUGCAGCCUGCAUGAAUGUGACCUCUCCUUCUACUCCAGAUUUCAUCUUAAGCUAGGAGUUGGCAGGUCUAUUACCAAAGAAUGGUCCAACAAAUGUUAGAUUCUUUUCAAUAUGAAUAUCUGCACUAUCUGUGGCUGUCCUGGUCAUUCUCCAAAUCUCAGGUCCAUACUCCAGCACUGACUUUACAUGGGCAUUAAAGUUGACUAUUUCUUUAAACUGUAUAAAGAGGGCUCUUGUUUUUCCAAUUCUUGCAGUUGUUCAUUCUUGUUGGUCAAGGUUGCUUCUCAGAUGUGUGAAGCACUGCACUUCAUGUUGAUGCUCUUGAUUUAACUGGUCCAGUUAAUUUCAAUAUCCUUGUCUUUUUCCUAUUGAAGAUGUGUCAGCUACCACUUUCCUGCUGAAGUUGAUGAGAGAGAAAUACAAAUAAUAGGUCAUCAAGCUUACUCCAUUGGGUCCACGAUUAGCACUACUAGACAAAAAUGUGACAGCUAUCAUACCCCAGUUCACAUAGUAUACUGUUUUAAUGUUCACCAAGAUGCCAGAUUGUUGGAAGAGUUCAUCUUUGGAAAAUACAAAACUACUUUCACUUCAUAGAUAAGAAUGUGAUUGUACACCAUGUCAGUGCAUCUUGAAUCAAUGUACUUUGGGAUAUAUUAUUAUAAUUAAUAUAAGUAUACAUAUUAUAUAGGAUAAUUAAAUAUAAGUUGGUGCUUUAUUGUUGUUAUAAAUAUUAAAAUAUUUGUAACUGAUGGAAUUUUUAAUGUUUGAAAAUAAA